GUUGAAGGACGGAGGUCCGUGAUGCUGGGGUCUAGGAAGCAGGGAAACUUGGGAUGGCACCUUGCUCCUUAAAAGGGGAAACACAUUUCCCCCCCGUCUAUCCAAUCUAGAUUCCUCUUCCCUUAUCAGGGAGGCGAAAAGCGCAUCCCAGGACCGCACUACGGCCCCGCCUCUUCCUGAGGACGGGCACGUGAUGCCGGAAGUGAGUGGGGGUAAUAUGGCGGCGUUUCCGGCAGGCCCCGGCUGCUGAAAGCCGGGGCGCAGGUGUUGGGGGUCCGGGUCCGGGUUUCCGUCCCGGUCCCGCCGAGGCGCCGACUGCGGUAGGAGGAAGGACGUGUUGACCGCGCUGGCCCACCGCCGCUAUACAUUGGAGCCUUAUCUCAACUCAAAAUGAACUAUAUGCCCGGCACCGCCAGCCUCAUCGAGGACAUCGACAAAAAGCACUUGGUCCUGCUUCGAGAUGGAAGGACGCUUAUAGGCUUUUUAAGAAGCAUUGAUCAAUUUGCUAACUUAGUGCUACAUCAGACUGUGGAGCGUAUUCAUGUGGGCAAAAAAUACGGUGAUAUUCCUCGAGGGAUUUUUGUGGUCAGAGGAGAAAAUGUGGUCCUACUAGGAGAAAUAGACUUAGAAAAGGAGAGUGACACACCCCUCCAGCAAGUGUCUAUUGAAGAAAUCCUGGAAGAACAGAGGGUGGAACAGCAGACCAAGCUGGAAGCUGAGAAGCUGAAAGUCCAGGCCCUGAAGGAUCGAGGCCUGUCUAUCCCUCGAGCGGAUACUCUUGAUGAGUAUUAG